AUAAUAAUAUUAAGGAAAAAUAAAAAAGGAGUAAAGUACAGAACACAAAAUAAUCAAAGCAAUCAUAAAGCAAAUCAAGAUUACAAACAUUAAUUAAUAAGAGAAAAUCAUAAGGGUUAAAAUCAUAAAAAUAAUUAACAUGUUAUUAAAUAUAUCUCUUAAAUUUAUGGGAAUUAAAUUUACUGGAAGAUAAGUUUAUUAGAGGUCUUUAUUUUUUUUAUUUUUAAAGUAACGUGCAUGCAGUCGAUUUUUAUUUUUUAAAUUUGAAUUUGAAUGUAAACCGCGCAGGUUAAAGUGUUGGGCAUCGUCGAUUUCAAUAUGUUUGAAGUCGGCGGUUUAUUCUUAUCUGCUUGAGGUCAGGGUUCGGUGAUUAACCCCAGAAAAAAAGUUAGCCGGCAUUAGCCCAAAAACAUUUAAUAUAACAAUAUUUUAAUUAAUGUGGAAAAUUGCAUACCCAAAAUAGUACCUAUUUAACUUCUAUGAAUUCUAUUUAAGUUAAUUAUGAUUUAAAUUUAAAUUACAUUUACAGAUGUUAAAAUCACGUCCGAAAACAAACAAUAUUUUUUUAAUUUUUAAGUAACUAAAAACGGCUUAGAUGAAAGUCAAAGCGAAAUAUAUUAAAGUUAAGUACAAAAUAUUUGGAUUCACUACAUUUUUGUUUUCCAAUGAAUUUACAUGACAUUCUUGAAAUUAAGUAACUCUAGCUUGUGGAUUGCAGAUCGAUUAUCUCACAAUUUUUCAAAAGCGCAGCCGCUUCAGUCACAAACUGCACUCCAUUGUGAUCGGAAGUUUUUCCAAAACCAGCUUCUAAAUUGUUACUCAUCCGGUAAAUCGGUAUUGGCAUGUCUUCCAGGUUCUGCGACUGCAGGUUCCCCAGCUCCACAGAGAUAUGGUCUCACAUGGGUCACAUAACCGACUUAACCAGCUGCAGAUGCGGCAAGUUUGGGAUCGCAAACGCCAAUCCCUGGCUAUGGGACAGCAAUGGGCAGUCGGAUGCAUUGAUCGCCGGUGAAGACAUCGUUUUUCAUCCCACCAGAAGUCGGGGCACUGCCAUGGUAAGGGGAAACCGAUCCCUGGAGCCAGGCAUGGUCCACUAUUGGGAGAUGCUCGCUAUCUCUCCUCUAGUCGGCUCUGAUGUGAUGUUUGGCAUUGGAAUGCAGAGCGUUGAUCUCACUCAACAUGAAUUCAAAUAUGUUUCGGCUUUGGGCAGCGAUGACUAUUCCUGGGGCAUCUCGUACUCUGGAAACAUUCAGCACUGCGCCAAACAGUCGUCCUAUGGCCAAAACUUUUCCCAGGGCUGCCUGAUUGGCGUGUGCCUGGAUCGCUCUCGCGGUCACUUGGAGUUCUAUCUAAACCGAAGGAGCUUGGGCGUGGCCUUCACCAAUGUGCCCGUGGAUCCAACCGUACACAUAUAUCCCAUGGUCUGCUCUACGUCCUUUAGAACUGUGAUAAGACUGAUCAAUUCCACGUCAGUGCCCGAUACACUGCUGCUUCGAUCCUUCCAAACAUUGUCCAUCCAGAAGCCAGAGCAGCUCUUCAUACUGCGUCAGAUACCGGGAUUGUGGGAAUCACACUGGUUCCUAGACAUGCCAACUCAUGGCUCCAGAUGA